AUGCGAUUCUCAACAUCUGCCAUCCUGGUCACUGCGCUGGGAUGGGUCUCCGCUGCCGCCGCGCACACCAUCCAGCUGAAGGCUCAUUCCCGAGAGUGUUUCCACGAGAGCCUACACAAAGAUGAUCUCAUGACGGUCACCUUCCAAGUGGGCGACCGGGAAUUCGGAGGCAGUGGGAAUCUUGAUAUCGAUUUCUGGGUUGAGGACCCCCUGCGGAACCGCCAGUACUACAAGCAAGCCGUCUCCAACGAGGACUACUCAUUCACCGCCGCCCAUGAUGGAAAGUACACCUACUGCUUCAGCAACGAGGGCUGGACCUCUAACUCAAAGGAGGUCUCGUUCAACGUCCACGGAAUUGUCUACGUGCCCGAGUCCGAAAUGUCGCAGGACCCAUUGGAGGCUGAAGUUCGCAAGCUUUCCGAGGCCGUCGCACAGGUGAAGGACGAGCAGGGGUACAUUGUUGCCCGCGAGCGAGUACACCGCAACACUGCCGAAAGCACAAACGGUCGUGUGAAGUGGUGGAGUCUGUUCCAACUGGCUGUUGUCAUUGGAGAAGGUGUUUUCCAAGUUUGGUGGCUGAAGCGUUUCUUUGAGGUCAAGCGAGUUGUCUAA